UGUCAAUUUCGAUGUGGAAAUGUGGACACGUAUUAAAUAAUAAUAUUGGUUAAAUUUCAUCAUAAUAUAUAUUUAUAUCUGUUAAUAAGGCUAUUUACUAUAUUCCAUCAAGCAACUGCUCUUUUAAGCAUACAAUUAAACAUCAGUGACGUGUACUUUAAAGUAACAUGGCGGGAGUAGAGCAGCCUUGUUAUACCCUUAUAAACUUUCCGACAGACUCGGAACCACACAAUGAAAUGCAACUGAAGCUUGACCUAGAAAAGGGUGAUAUAAAGAAAAAGAUUGAAGCCCUUAAGAAGACUAUUAGCAUCAUACUCUCCGGUGAGAAAAUUCCUGGUCUGUUGAUGAUAAUCAUCAGAUUUGUGCUGCCACUACAGGAUCAUACAAUUAAGAAGUUAUUACUUAUCUUCUGGGAGAUUGUACCAAAGACCUCUCCUGAUGGCAAAUUAUUGCAAGAGAUGAUCUUAGUUUGUGACGCUUAUAGAAAGGAUCUGCAACAUCCUAAUGAGUUUAUCCGGGGCUCGACACUCCGGUUUCUGUGCAAGCUGAAGGAGCCAGAAUUAUUGGAGCCUCUAAUGCCGGCCAUUCGAGCUUGUCUAGAUCACAGACAUUCAUAUGUCAGGAGAAAUGCGGUUCUCGCCAUAUUUACUAUUUAUCGCAACUUCGAGUUCCUGAUUCCGGACGCGCCGGAGCUGGUGGGCACGUUCCUGGAGGGCGAGCAGGACAUGUCGUGCAAGCGCAACGCCUUCCUCAUGCUGCUGCACGCGGAGCAGGAGCGAGCACUCGCCUACCUCGCCGAGAGGCUCGACCACGUGCACGCCUUCGGGGACAUCCUGCAGCUCGUCAUCGUGGAACUCAUCUACAAGGUGUGCCAUGCGAAUCCGUCAGAACGUUCACGGUUCAUACGUACCGUAUAUGGACUGCUGAACGCCCCCAGCGCCGCCGUGCGAUACGAAGCGGCGGGAACUCUCGUCACCCUCUCCUGCGCUCCAGCCGCGAUCAAGGCGGCCGCCGCGUGCUACAUCGACCUGAUCGUGAAGGAGAGCGACAACAACGUGAAGCUGAUCGUGGUGGGGCGCCUGAGCGCGCUGCGCGCCGCCAGCGGGGACGCGGGCGCGCGCGCGCUGCCCGACCUCGCCAUGGACGUGCUGCGCGUGCUCGCCGCCUCCGACCUCGACGUGCGCCGCCACACGCUGCACCUCGCUCUAGAGCUCGUCGGUUCGAGACACGCCGAGGAGCUGGUGGGUGCGCUGCGCAAGGAGGCGGCGCGUGCGCAGCUCGCCGACCACGACGACGCAGACAAGUACCGCCAACUGCUAGUGCGGGCCAUGCACCGCGCCGCUCUCAAGUUUCCGGAGGUGGCCGGCACGGUGGCCCCGGCGCUGCUGGAGAUGCUGGGCGACGGCAGCGAGGCGGCGGCGGCGGACGUGCUGCUGUUCCUGCGCCACGCGCUUCACGCGUUCCCCGACCUGCGCCCGCGCAUCUACUCGAAACUGCUGGAGGCCGUGAGCGGCAUCCGCGUGGGCAAGAUCGCGCGGCCGGCGCUGUGGCUGGUGGCGGAGUUCGCGGAGAGCGGCGACAGCGCGCGCGCGGCGCUGGACGUGCUGGGCGCCGCGCUGCCGCCGCUGGCGAGCGCCGCGCCGCGCGCCGAAGAGGAAGGCGCACAAGAAAAUCCGAGUGUGAAAGAGAAGGAGACGCCCGCUCGGCAGCUCGUCACCAGCGACGGCGCGUACGCUACGCAAUCCGCUUUUAAUUUGCCUAAGGCGGCGACUGCGGCCGACAGCAAGGUCGGCGGGCUGAGCAGUGCUCUGCGCGAGGGGGAGAGCUUCACCGCGGCCUGCGCGUGCUCCGCUCUCGCCAAGCUGUCGCUGCGCGUGCGCGAGCCCGCCCUCGCCAACCGCGCGCUGCACCUCGCAGCCUCGCUGCUCGCCUACCACAAGAUCAACAAAGGCGCGGGCGGGCUGACGGCGGACGACGCGCAGCACGGCGCCACGUGCGUGCGCGCGGCGGCGGCGCGGCCGCCCGUGGUGCGCGAAGCGCUGCUGCACGCCUCGCGCCGCGCGCUGCACGCGCUGCUGGCGCUGCCCGAGCGCGCUGCGCCCGCGCUGCUGCCCGACUCGGAGGCGGAGCGCUCGGCGCGCGGGGCGGAGCGCGUGUCGCGGCGCGCGGAGGUGGAGCGCGGCAUCACGUUCGCGGCGCUGGCGGGCGCGGCGGCCACGCAGCACCACGACAUCUUCGAGGUGUCGCUCAGCAAGGCGCUGCAGGGUCGCAGCACGACGAGCUCCGAGCGCGGCAAGCUGUCGAAGGUGACGCAGCUGACUGGCUUCUCGGACCCGGUGUACGCGGAGGCUAUCGUCGCCGUCAACCAGUACGACAUCGUGCUCGACGUGCUCGUCGUCAACCAGACCGACGACACGCUGCAGAACUGCACGGUGGAGCUGGCCACGCUGGGCGAGCUGCGGCUGGUGGAGCGGCCGGCGGGCGUGGUGCUGGCGCCGCGGGACUUCGCCUCCAUCCGCGCGCACGUCAAGGUCGCCUCCACGGAGAACGGGAUCAUUUUCGGGAACAUCGUGUACGAGGUGUCGGGCGCCGGCACGGACCGCGGCGUGGUGGUGCUCAACGACAUCCACAUCGACAUCGUGGACUACAUCCAGCCCGCCGCCUGCAGCGACGCCGACUUCCGCCACAUGUGGGCCGAGUUCGAGUGGGAGAACAAGGUGUCCGUUAACACGAAUAUCACCGACUUGAAGGAGUACUUACAGCAUCUCUUGGCAUCUACCAACAUGAAAUGUCUUACGCCGGAUAAGGCGCUGUCGGGCCAGUGCGGCUUCAUGGCGGCCAACCUGUACGCGCGCUCCAUCUUCGGCGAGGACGCGCUCGCCAACCUCAGCAUCGAGACGCCUCUGCAGCGGCCCGGCGCGCCCGUCGUCGGACACGUGCGCAUCCGCGCCAAGACGCAGGGCAUGGCUCUGAGUCUGGGCGACAAGAUCAACAUGAUGCACAAGUCCCCACCGAAGCUGGCUGAGCCCACCGUCGCCGCCUGAGUCAGCUAAGUCAGCUGCGACACUUAAUAGAUUACGUAGUUUUGUAUAGUCUAUUUUAUUCCAAUUCGACUAGUGCAAAGUGUAAACGGAAUGAAAGACUAAACUUUUAGUGAAAAUAUUUUUAACUUUGCAAAACGCUAUCAUUAAAGAAAGUAGAUUAUAGUAACUCAUUUUUGUCGUGUUAAAUUUUUGUGCUCGUUGAAUUGGAAUAUCCUAUAUCUUAAUAUUAUGGACUAGAAAAUUAUUAUUAUUAUUAAUAUAAAGAUAAUUCUGAGCGAAUGAGUCGAUGUUGUUGCGAUGAGACCAUUUUUCUAAAUCAUUGUUUGAUGAUAAAUUUUUCGUAACUUCCCUAAUUUUUAUAUUUUAAAGCAUAAACUGAUAUUUAUAUUGUUCUAUUCCGAAAUAUAUUUUUUUCAUUUUAAUAAUAGGUAUUAAAAAUAUUUAUGUCAAAUUAAUUUGUAUUAUAAACCAUUUUGUCAGCUCUGUAAGUUAAAAUGCUGCCUUUGUGAUGAUUAUGAAACAUACAUUUUGUUAAAUAUAUUUCUUAGAUA